AUGGCAGCCCUCCGAUACUUCAACACCUUCAUUGAUGAGGAACCAAGUGGGAACCUCCUUGAAUCUCGUUCCAAGAGCUGGCCACAACUUGGUGGCACGGGACAUGCUACGGAGGAGAUAGAGGAAAUGGAGACGCAAGCUGCCAACCAUGUUGCCGAGUUGCAGGGCAAAUGGAGCAGCUUUGGUGAACGGCACCCGAUGUCCCCGAAACCACAGCCGAAUCGCUCGGCCAACAAAGGCAGCCGUGGUCAUCCAGUAGUGUGCCGCCGGCCUUGCAUCCGCUUCGCGAAGGGAGACUGCGAACUGGGAGAUGCUUGUGGCUAUUGCCACCACCAGCAUCCUCGCUAUGUCACCCCAAACAAAAGCCAGCGGCUUAAGUUGGACUGCAUGGAGACAGGCGAACUUCUGGCGGUGCUCUUGCCUCAUGUUCGUCGUUCUAUUGAAGCGGCCCAGAUUGAAGCUACCAACAUCAUUGAGAUGCUGGAAGGGGAAGUCGGUUCAACGGCUCCCAGUGUGGAUCGCACGCUACAUAGGACCUUGAGACAGAUGCCUCUAUCAGCACUUCUUGGCUUGAUCAUGCCGAGAGAUGAUGCCUUUGGGGCCUUGCUUGAACAAGAGGUCGAAGUGCUGCGCUGCCGCUCGCUUGUUGCGCUGUCUUGUGGCGAGGGCUGCAGGGCUGGAGGGCAGUUUGCGCCGCUGAAUGCUCGCUUGUUGCGCUGUGUUGUGGCAGAGCUCGGAUUCUCAAAGAUAUUCGUCUUGGGAUGCGCUGUGCAGCACAUGGGAUUUGCUCGAACAAGAGGUUGAAGUGCUGCGCUGCUGUCUGGGCUGAACAUGGUCCUCUGAGCGCAGGAGAAACGAGCUGGCUCGAGGGCUGCAGGGCUGGAGGGCAGUUUGUGCCGCUGAAUGUGGCUCAAUGUGCCAGUGCCAGUACAAUUUUGAGAGCUUGGAUUCUCGAAGAAUAUUCGAUGUCCAUCGGCUCCCACGGAACUUGGGAGGAUCCAUGAUAUCCAAGUUUCA